GAGCGCGCGCCGGUCUAUCCUUCCCUGCACGCGCAGGCUGCUCCCCACCUUCAUGCAACGUCCGCGCGCAGGGCCCCGAAUCUAACCGCCCGUCCGUUCGAAAGAGAGCGGGCAAAGUCACCAUGGCAACGCGGCCUGCUACCUCGGGGCCAUCGGGGAAAGCCGCCCCGAGCAGGGCGCCCACCGCCAGCACCUUAGCAACCGGCUGCCGUCAUCCCUCCUCCUCCUCUUCCUCCUGCUCCUCGGGAGGAUAGACAACAUACACUCCACCACCACCCCGCCCCAUGAAGUGAAAUUAAAUUUAAAAGGAUGUGACAGAUCUGAGUGGGAUUGCGUUAGGGGCACGCAGAAGCCUAUUUGGGGUGCGGGGGUAGGUGUGAAGGGAAAGGUAGAAGAGGGGCGGUGUGGUGUAGUGGUUAGAGGACCCGGAUUGUGGCUUCGGAGGCCAAGUUUCACUGGGAGGCCUGGCGACUGAGUGGGUGCCCCUCUCAGCCUACCUCGCAGGGUUGUUGUGAGGAUGAAACGGAGGAGGAUUGUGUCGCCUUGAGCACCUUGGAUAAAGCUGGGGUGCACUUGCAAUAAAUAAGCAAUGUAAUAAAUAAGCAGGGGGUUGCCAAAGAGAAUUAGGGGAGUGAGGUUACUUUGCUACAAGGAAGGUGUGCACGUUCAGCCAAGGUGUCCUCUCAGAAAGGCCUGUGGUCAGGGGUGGUUAUUUCUGCUGUUGCCACUGUAUUAGAUGUCGUCAUCAUCAUUGCCAUUUGUUGUUAUCUUUUAAAGCAACAUCCAUGUGCACAGCGCUUUACAGACUAGAAGAGGGCAGGGACAUGGCCCAAGGGUCUCCUGCUCCCUCAGGCUGAAUUCAUUGCAUAUUCCUGACCCUUCCUCUCUGGUCUCCAUUGCAUUGUGACAACGAUCAGACUCACCACCAGGACCACCAGAAUGUAACAACAGCUGUCCUUCAGAAAUGGUGCUUUCGUUGAGAUUCCUGCCUUGCAGGGGGUUGGGCUAGAUGACCCUCGGGUUCCCUUCCAACUCUACAAUUCUACGUGUAUUGAUGAGUGCUGCAAGUCCCAUUCCCUUCUUAAAGAAUGGUUUGUCAAAAAGGCUACCGACAAAUAAUCUUUAAAAUGGCUGUAAUCCUCCAUGCUUUCCAUGUUUGCUUUCAAAAUAAUAGCUGUCAAGGCUCAAGUGUGCCUGAACGACUCCCAGAUGCCUGGGGGAGUAGGGUGUGAUGACACUCUGCACAUACUCAGAGACAUUAUCUUCCUGCUUCCUCUGCCUGUCUUUGCAUAGAAAACAGGAGCUGGGCUCAAGGCUUAGCUCAAACUAAGCUCAAGGAACCACUCCUGCAGUGGGGAGGGGGAUCCUAUUAUUCUGGGGACCCCACAAUUUGCUAAGGGUGCAGCCUGAUCUGAAUUUCAUAGGUUUGUGUCCUUUUAAAAAAUCAUUACUACACUCUUCCAGUUCACUGGAAUAGUAUCCCUACAUGAAAAUACUUUCCAUGUAGUGGUUAGCGUGUCGGAUUAACAGACAUCCCCAAACUUAGGCCCUCCUGUUAGCUAGGGAUCAUGGGAGUUGUAAGCCAAAACAUCUGGAGGGCCGCAGUUUGGAGAUGCCUGGAUUAGAAUGCAGAAUCAUGGAACUGUAGAGCGGGAAGAGUCAUCUAGUCCAACCCCUGCAAUGCAGGAGUCCUGCCCACAGCCAUUCCUGUGUGGGCUUGAACCACCAACCUUCUGCUUAACAGCCAGGUGCACUGACCCGUUGUGCUACCUGAGCUUGAUAAAAUGGGGGCAGGAAGAACCAUGUUUGCUGCCCCUUUAUUUCCUUGGAGGAUAUAAAAUGAAAUGGCAAUUAUUUACCAAUGUGGGAGAAAGCAAAGGGGUAUGUGCUUGGGGUUAGCAUUAAGCCAGUGACCAAAUUUGUUCCCUGUACCUCAUUCAUUGAGAAUCAAGCCUCCGUCUGCGCAGCAUAGCAAGAUGGUGAUGAGUGUUAACACUGCUAUUAUAGAAAAGAGACCUGAUCUUUUUUUAUUGUGUUUUUUCUCCUCCUGAGUAAGUGGCGAAGCUUUCUUGUUCCAGCCCCCCACCCUUCAUUUGUCUACAGAGGGAGGAGGGUUACAGAGCAAUGAUUGUCCCUUUACAAACAGAAGCCUUGAUCCCUCCAGGGAAAUGAGCAAGCUUGAUCUAAAUAAGAUUAAAUAAGGCAGCCCCCCUCCUGUUCUCCUGGCCCAUCUGCCACGCCAGGAGGAUUAGUGGGUUUAAAAAUAAAUAAAAAAAGACAUAUGUUGAGGGGUUGCACUCAUUAGCAUUACUCUUUUGUCGGCUUCCCUGCUGCUGCUGGUUAAUGCCCAGCAUGAGCCUUGAUGCUUGCACACGCCUGAAAGCAUGCUGGCAUUUUCUCGCAGCGCUACGCUACCGUUCUCCAGGCGGCGCUGUUCCCAACACACCUCACCAUUUACCCGGCUUGUGCAUUCUACUCCUCCUGGCAUUUUGCAGUUCUUUUGGAAGGGCUGCUUGCAAUUCAUUUGCAAAGACUGGCUGUGGAAUUCACCUGCCCUCAUCGUGAGAUCUGAAUGUGUUCCAUCUCAUGCUAGGUCCCUCGAAUCCAUAUAUGAAGCCAGAGUCUAGAUAAGCACUGCAUGUUCUGGCCAGCAGAAACACUCCAAAGUCUCGGGCAAAGUCAUUUCCCAGCUCCACUGGAGUUGCCAGGGUUUGAAUCUGGGACUUCCAGAGCAUAUGGGCUCUGCUACUGAGUGAUGUUCCCUCCAUAUUUUUAAUAGCAGUUCAUGGCCACUGAGCCUAAUGGACAGGGGUGACAACUUGAAUAAAAUAUGGGAGGGCAGAUAAGCCCCACUCCAUAUAAUUGAUCACAUCAACUUGGCAGGGGGUUCACCCCCCUCAAAUACUUUAUUGGGGGGCUAGAAGUUGUCUCCUUUGAAUGGCUUAUGUUCUACUGUUGGAGGCAGUAUGCUUCUGGAAACAUCACGAGGGGAGAGUGCUUUUAUUAUUGGUUCUUGGGUCCUGCUUAUAUGCUUCCCAUAGGCAUCUGGCUGACCUGUGUGAGAACAGGAUGUUGGACUAUGAUGGCCUGAUUCAGCAGUCUCCUUUGUUGUUCUUACGUUUUUCUGGAUAUAAUGGCUCCACAGGUUCCCCAUCCUUCAUUCAAGAACACUUCUUUGUGCUGGUGGCACGCCACAGUCUGGAUUGCCUAGAGAGCUGUGUUCUGGGGUGUAACAGUGUGUGUGUGUGUGUGUGUGUGAGAGAGAGAGAGAGAGAGAGAGAGAGAGAGAGAGAGAGAGAGGAGCUAAACUAAUUCAGUAAUGAAAGGCUGCCCGCAGAGUUGGCUGCCUGUUGCUUCUCUGCAUGAAUUGUUGUUCUGAACUUGCCUCCUACCAAACAUUUCUUGUUCUACAGUGCAGAAUAAUUCCGUUUCAGCUAUGCAUCAUUGGUCAUGCCUCGUAAGGAGGAACCGCAGAAUGACUUGCUCUAAGAACAGCCUGUCCUAAUUGAAUCAUAGAAUCAUAGAGUUGGAACAGACCACAAGGGCCAUCCAGUCCAACCCCCUGCCAAGCAGGAAACACCAUCAAAGCAUUCUUGACUUAUGCUCGUCAAGCCUCUGCUUAAAGACCUCCAAAGAAAGAUACUCCACCACACUCCUUGGUAGCAAAUUCCACUGCCGAAGGAGUGUAAAUGUAAAUGUAUCUCCAUCUUGACGUACGCCCCAGUGCCAUGAGUCUUGCAAAAACAGAGAGAUGGAUUUCUCUGUGGGAAGACAUACCAAAAUAAAAACUUAGUUGGUCUUUAAGGUGCUACUGAAGGAAUUUUUUUAUUUUACUUCGACCCAGACCAACACGGCUACCUACCUGUAACCGGAAGACAGUAAGACGCUCUAAAAGGAAAUCAUUUUAGGUGAACUAAAUUUGGAUGGAUGAAUCUGGAACUGCGAGACUCUCCGUGGGGCAGAGACGAGAGCUCUUCAAAACUUGCCCUGCGCUCGCAAGAUGCGCAUCACCUUCUGCCAGGGCGUGCUUGCUGUUGCCAUCGCCAUAAACUUACUGAUCCUUUUCUACAUCUCGAGGCUGCAGCAGCGUGUCUUGCACCGGCACAGGGACCACCCGCAUCCCAGUGCCCACCAGCCCCGUGGCCUGCUGAGGUCGGGCGUGACCGUCCUCAUCAGGGAGUUUGAAGACUUUGAAAACUACGUCCCUGACGUGGUGCGUCUCUUCGUGAAGCACAAACCCGAGCUGCCCAUCGUGGUGGCGGCAGACCGAUUGCCUUAUCCUCCUAUGGUUCUCCCUGGCGCUCCCAACAUCCAGGUUGUCGUUCUCAAGCCGUCCCCGGACCAGCCUGCCCACAUCUCCAGGCCCGAGACCUAUGUGAAGACAGAAUACGUGGCGCUGGUGCCGGAUGGGGUGAGGGUGGAUUCCGCUUCCCAGCUGGAGCGAAUGCUGGAGGAGUUCAAGGCCAACCAAGCUCAGGUGGAGAUGGUGGCGGCUCCAGUGCAGUCGCUAGCUCCCCUCCAGUGCCUGAACCUCAAGGUGAACCUUAAAGAAUGGACGGCUGACUACACGGCAGCUCCGCCUUCCUCCAAGGUGUGUGUGGCCUUGAAAGGUGAGGCCGUCAUCCUCCUGCGCACCAGGGACCUCUUCAACCUCUCCAUGCCCCUGGCCAAGCCCUUGCUGACUUCCCUCUUCAUCCAGGCAUCCCUGCGGGGAUGGGCCGUCCGCCUCCUCGAUGUUUCCUUCUUGGCGCUCCACCAGCCUCUGCUCACCUCCUCCCACAACCAGUGGAAGGCCGACAACCUCGCCAAGGCCAACCGCCUGCAGCUCUUCCGCGACUUUGGCAUCAAGCGGGUCGUCUUGGAGGAUGGCAAGGAGCAGUGGUUUGGCUGCAGCAAGGAGACGCCCCGGUGCUUUGGCACCAUCCACGAUGACACGCCGGAAUACCUCUACCAGAACCGGUGGACGCCGCCUUGCUGCCUCCGAGCCCUGAGGGAGACAGCCAAGUAUGUCAUCAGCAUCCUGGAGGCAUCCGGAGUGCGCUACUGGCUGGAAGGGGGGACGCUCCUCGGAGCCGCCCGCCACCAAGACAUCAUCCCAUGGGAUUACGACGUGGAUCUCGGCGUCUACCUGGAAGACAUCCCCAACUGCGAGCUGCUCCGGAGUGCAGAUUCUGGCUCCAUCGUGGACGAGAAGGGCUUUGUCUGGGAGAAAGCUAUUGAGGGGGACUUCUACCGAGUGCAGUAUAGCGAGCGCAACCACUUGCACGUCGACCUGUGGCCCUUCUACCCCAAGAAUGGCGUGAUGACCAAGGACACGUGGAUGGACCACCGGCAGGACAUCGAGUUCCCGGAGCACUUCCUGAAGCCCUUGGUCCCCAUCCCGUUUGCCGGCUUCCUGGCUAUGGCGCCCAAUGAUUACUGGAGCUUCCUAGAGCUGAAGUUUGGAGAAGGGGUGAUUGAAAACCCAGAAUAUCCAAACCCAGCUGUGAAGAGCAUGGAGAAGGGAAACUGAAGGAGCCCUCGUGAAGGCCCAAGCCUUAAAAGGAGAGGUUCUCGAGUAUCUCGGAGCCGAGAGCUUUCCUUCCUUGAACACUUAAAGCUAAAGGGACCCCUGAUCAUUAGGUCCAGUCGUGACUGGCUCUGGGGUUGCGGCACUCAUCUUGCGUUAUUGGCCGAGGGAGCCGGCGUACAGCUUCCAGGUCAUGUGGCCAUGUCAUGCAAAUGAUUAUGCAGUGAGGUGAUUUACCUGCCCGUUACAGGUACAGUGGUGCCUCGCAAGACAAAUUUAAUUCGUUCCGUAAGUCAAUUCGUUUUGCGAAAAAUUGUCUUGCGAAUCACGGUUUCCCAUAGGAAUGCAUUGAAAUUUCUUUUUUUGCCCAUAGGAACACAUUAAUUAAAUUUCAGUGCAUUCCUAUG